CUUUUAUUUUGGUUUUGCAGUGAUGGCGGGUUUGGCUCCUGAAGGAACACAAUUCGAUGCUCGGCAAUAUGAUUCUAAGAUGAAUGAUUUGCUUUCUGCCGAUGGGCAAGAAUUCUUCACCUCAUAUGAUGAAGUCUAUGAUAGUUUUGAUGCAAUGGGAUUACAAGAAAAUCUUCUCAGAGGCAUAUAUGCUUAUGGUUUUGAGAGGCCUUCUGCAAUACAGCAAAGGGGAAUUGUUCCUUUCUGCAAAGGUUUAGAUGUGAUUCAGCAGGCUCAAUCUGGAACUGGCAAGACAGCAACAUUCUGUUCUGGAAUUUUGCAGCAGCUUGAUUAUGGAGUGGUUCAGUGUCAGGCUUUGGUUUUGGCACCAACAAGGGAGCUGGCACAGAAAAUUGAGAAGGUUAUGCGAGCACUUGGUGAUUACCUUGGUGUCAAGGUUCAUGCUUGUGUUGGUGGGACAAGUGUUCGCGAGGAUCAGCGCAUUCUCCAGGCCGGUGUCCACACUGUUGUUGGCACUCCCGGCCGUGUUUUUGACAUGCUGCGGAGACAGUCUCUUCGCCCAGAUUACAUAAAGAUGUUUGUUUUGGAUGAGGCAGAUGAAAUGCUUUCUCGUGGUUUCAAAGACCAGGUUUGCGCUUAAUUUGUUUCAAGACUUUCAA